AUGCCUAUUCAGCACCGUAUAGGUGAAAAGAAGCGUUACCACUACGGUGGUGGCGCUUCAGGACGAUAUAGUUCUUCGUCUUCGAUAGGUCGAAAUCCUGGACAAACAGCACUUUCUGGAGAAAGGGAUCGUGGCCACUCUCAGGAAUCUGGUAAUGGUACACCCAACUCGAGUAGUGGAGACGGUUCUCCAGCUCAUAUUACGGGGAGUAGACAUUCUAGGUAUGAUCCAAAUGCUAAUGUUAGUGGUCGUAGCUCGAUGAGCUCACGGCCUGGAUCAAGAUUUAAUCCUAAUGUAACGAUUUCAGAUACUGUACCAACUUUAGUUAAAAGAGCUGGCUUGAACGAUAAUGCGAGUAAUAACAACGGAUCAUCCGGUUCGAGAUGGGCUGGGUCACAUAGUCGUUACAAUCCUCAAAUAUCGAAUAAUAUGCAACUCUCAUCUGGUGCAAAUGUACCGUUACUGGGGAACGGACAACUGAUUCCAGCUACCGCUCCUGUUAGUGGCGUUAAUAGCACACACUUUUAUCCUUCGGGCAGCGGGGCAGGCUCCAAUCCAUAUUCUUCGUACGUAACGGGAAAAUCACAAAGGCCAAGGAGUUCAUUUGAUACUUUCCCAUCAAAUGAUAACAUUCACGGGAUGAACGUCAAUGGCAGUGCGAACAAUACGAAUAAUAACUUAUCAAAUAUCACAUACAAGAACUCAAAACCUUCAUCCGCAAAAUCAUCAAAGAACAUUACUUCGUCAGUAAGCGGCUCAAGAGGAUCUUAUUGGGGGAGCCGUAACGUAAGGACUGGUAAAUAUCAUUCAAAUUCAAGAUAUAACGGGUUCAAAAAAUAUUCUUCAGACUAUGGCCCUCACGAUAUGACUGACAUACCUAAAUCGAAGAAAUCUUUCGAAACGUCCCAUUCGCUAGGUUCUAGUUUAAUCAAUUCAGUUCCCCAGACUACAAAGAAAGUGGAAGAACAGUUACAUUAUGACCAUAAAAGAAUAGAUAUUAGUGCAGAUGAAUACACUGGCGAUAGUGACGCAAAGUCCUAUACCAGCGUACAGGACAAACAUGACAGACACGAUUAUGGCUCUGAAUUAGAAGAUGACUCUGAAAUUGCAAGCAAUAACAACCUAAAGGAGCUGGCAGAAAAUCAUGAUAAAAGUUUUACUCUCCUAACCAAAAAAAAUUAUGAUCAACAAGUAUCGGAAGGCCAGCCCGUUGUGGCUAUAUCAACUGUAGAUAAGGAACUCCCAGAGAGUGAUCACAAAAAACCUCAAGUGAAAGAGGAAGAAGAAGCUAUCGAAAAAGUAACCCUGACGGAGCAACCGACUGUGGAAGAAAAAGAAGAUAUAGAUGAAGACUUAGAUGAAGAUAUGGCUGAAGAAAUGAGUACAAUUCAAGAGUCUACUGGACCUCUCGCCGAAAAGAAUCACAUUCCUAACAGGGAUAUUCUUCCACACCCAGAACCUUAUCCAGAACCUUUAGUUCCAAUUGAAAAAUGUAUAUUUCCAAUGUUGGAACCGGAGAUGAAGUUAUGGCUUCUCAAAAAUAAGCCGAGAGAAGAACGCGUUAAGAAUCAGAAGUAUCUUUUAACAAAACCUAUUGAAUAUUUAUUUGAUUAUCCAUUCUUUGCACAGGCCUGGAUUAUUCAUGAUCAAGCUGUUAAACCAAUUAUAACGAAGAAUUUGACAAAGAUUAAGCGUUACGAAUACUUAAGAAAUCUACAGUUGAAAGAUCAAUUCUUCAAACUUCAGGAUAUAUGGGAAAAGAAAUGUGACCAGAUGACGGAGCUCAGUGAGAGUUUCCAUAGAUCUGAACCAAGCGGAGAGCAGAAUAAAUAUGAGAAUCUCCAAGCAAAUGUUGAAAAUGCAAAUGAGGCUUUUGAACAACGCCCCACAAGCUCACGAAGGAGGAAUAGGGCUGAUUUUGUUGAUGAUAAUGAUAUUGAAAACGUAUUACUACAAAUUGAUCCAGAUUACAAACAUCAUCAAUUAGCAGCGAACAUUCCUGCUAUGACAUUGAAUCCUGUUGAUAAAUUUGCCUGCAAAUUCAAAGAUGUGAACAACUUGGUAACAGAUAAAGAUGCGUGGGCAAGUAGGCUCUUGACUGAUCGUAUUGAUUCAUUCACUCCUUAUGAGCAUGAACUUUUCGUUGAGGGUUAUCUAACAUAUCCAAAGAAAUUCGGCAAGGUUUCACAUUAUAUGGGUGGAUUAAGAACUCCUGAAGAGUGCGUCUUACACUAUUAUAGGACAAAGAAGAAGAGCAAGUACAAGAAACUAUUGCUUGAAAAACACAAGAAAAGGAAGGCCAGCAUUGGACGUCGUAAAAAAGACAAGUUCGAUAUUAAGAAAAAAGAUAGCGAGGAUAAGGUAGAGACUGAAGUACCAUUACCUUCCACAUCAAACGUUGAAACUCCUGUUUCUCAAACAUCUGUUUCUGAAACUCCUGUUGAACAAUCUGUUCGUACUGUUGAGCAAGUUGUCCCUGAAGUAGACCAUCCUCCUCCUGCUGAAGUUCAUCCUGUAUCCACUUUAGAACAACCACCUACUUUGGAACAAGAACCUAAAUCCACAGAAGAACCGCCAACUUUGGCCAAAAAGGUUGAACCAUCUUUGGCAACUUUUCAAGAACAACCUGUGAUCAAUAUAGAAGCAAAGAAGGAAUCCGAUACUGAGACAGAAAAUGAAGCAACGACGGACGGCGAUUAUAAUAUUAAACAACAGGUAAUGGAUUCAAGUGUAAAUGUUUCUGAACCAGUUUACAUGGUACAAGAACAGGUGUUACUUUCCAAUAAACCAUAUGAAGAUAUUGUGCCAAUGUUAGCUGAUAUGACAUCAAAAUCUGUAAUCAAUGAAUCUGUAAAGAAUGCUGAUCAUGCGGAUAUUGGAUUUGAUAAUACUGAAUCCCAUCUUAAACCAGAGGAUGAGGUUUCUUCAAAGCAUUCACUUUAUGAUCAAUCAAACGUCAAUUCUGCAGACCAACCUAUGAAGAAGAAAUUGAAACAAACAGAAGCUGUGCAUAAAUCGAGCUAUUGGAGUGUACAGGAAGCAAAAAAGUUCCCAGAAUUGCUCAGAGAGUUUGGUUCAAAUUGGACAUCGAUAUCUCAGAAACUUGGAACAAAAUCAACAACUAUGGUUAAAAACUAUUUCCAGAGGAAAGCGGAACAAAAUGGAUGGUAUGCUCUUGUUGAAAUGGGCAACAACCAACUUGCAUCCUCAUCAGUUCUAUCAUCAGGAGACCAGUCUACCAAACCCGUUGCUAUUGCUCCGGCUCCCAAUGUGAGUUCAGCUAUUAUCGUGAACUCAUUGCCUUCGCCUGCAACGGUUAAUAAGCCUGCGGAAAAACCAUCCAUUGAGCCACUUCCGCUACAAACGAUACCGCAGCAACAAAAACCUGCUGUUGGAUUUUUCAAUGAUUCUAAAUUGUCAUCCAUUCACAAACCAUCCUUUUCUCUAACCGGAAAUGAAGAUAGUUUUUCGAGAUUACCAACUCCAACCCAAGGUUUGCCUCCCCAGCAUUCACCUGUUAUCACAUCAUUCAGUGUUCCACAUACUCUUCCAAGACUGAAUACUAAUAAACUUCCUGAAAUUCAACCCUCAAUCUCCAAUGCUUAUUCGAACCUUGGCAAACCACAAACUCCCUCUGUUCAUUUUUCUGCGAAUGCUUCUGAAACUCAUCAUGCUCCAGUACAAUCACAUACAAUUACUUCCAGUAGGAGGUCUUCAAUCAGAAGCCUAUUGAACGAUGGCGAAGAUUCGGAAACUAAAACUAAUACGAUCUUAAACACAUCACCAACUGUUGUGGCAUCACCGAUUGGGCCAUCAAAUUUACCAAUUUUAAGACCAAUGCGCAAUGCUUCUGUUUCUCCUCCAUCAAUUCCUCCCUCUAAGGGAAGUGAUUCGGUUGUCUCCAAAGUAAUUGUUCAGGAGUUAUCUCAUAAUGUACCAACGAAACAAUCAAAUGAUUUAUCGAAGCCAAUGGCUCUGGCACCUACGUUGCCUCCUGCUCCGUCGAAUCCACCUCCAACCGUGCAGGCAGUUCCACAAUCGAUUAACUUUGCUAACGAUCCUUUAGCCGCACUUGCAGCGGUUGCUUCAUCCUCUGAAGCGUUCGGCCUGAUGCCUACAACAAACACGAGUAAUCUUAAUCAACAAUCACCACACCAAACUCAGAUCAAUUCAAGCACAUAUAAUCAACAGCGCCAAUGA